GGUGCUUCGCGUGCACUAACAACUUUGGGCCAGUGUUGGGGUUGACUGCUGCCCUCAUUCAUUGCUCCCAGGCAUUUAUCGUCUGUCCCGCCGCAAUCCGACUGGAAGGGGCUCAAGGCCGGACGCAGCUGCCACCCAGGGACUGAGGCCAAAGGAGGAGCCCAGAGUUUCGCUGAGCCUCGCGGGUUGGGGGGGAGAAGGCGACUGAGUCCAUGCAGUCGUGUGCCAGGACAUGGGGGCUGCGCCUGGGGCAUGGAGUCGGGGGCGGCCGCCGCCUGGCUGGGGGCGCGGGACCGAGUUGGGCGCCGCGGGGCCGAGACAGCAGUAGCGGCGGUGGGAACAGCGGCGCGACUGGGGCCUCGCGCCUCCUCGAGCGCCUCCUGCCCAGACACGACGACUUUGCUCGGAGACAUAUCGGCCCCGGGGACAAAGACCAGAGAGAGAUGCUACAGGCCCUGGGGCUGGCGAGCAUUGAUGAACUGAUCGAGAAGACGGUCCCUGCCAGCAUCCGCUUGAAAAGACCCUUGAAAAUGGAAGACCCUGUUUGUGAAAAUGAAAUCCUUGCAACUCUGCGUGCCAUUUCGAGCAAAAACCAGAUCUGGAGAUCGUAUAUUGGCAUGGGCUAUUAUAACUGCUCAGUGCCACAGACCAUUUUGCGGAACUUACUGGAGAACUCGGGAUGGGUCACCCAGUAUACCCCAUACCAGCCAGAGGUGUCUCAGGGGAGGCUGGAGAGUUUACUCAACUACCAGACGAUGGUGUGUGACAUCACAGGCAUGGACAUGGCCAACGCAUCUCUGCUGGAUGAGGCGACUGCGGCUGCAGAGGCCAUGCAGCUAUGCCACAGAUACAACAAGAGGAGGAAAUUUUUUGUUGACCCUCGUUGCCACCCACAAACGAUAGCUGUCAUCCAGACUCGAGCCAAAUACCGUGAGGUCCUCAUUGAGCUGAAGUUACCCCAUGAAAUGGACUUCAGUGGAAAAGAUGUCAGUGGGGUGUUGUUCCAGUACCCAGACACUGAGGGGAAGGUGGAAGAUUUUACAGAGCUUGUAGAGAGAGCCCAUGAGACUGGGAGCUUGACCUGCUGUGCUACUGACCUUCUAGCCCUGUGUAUCUUGAGGCCACCUGGAGAGUUUGGGGUGGAUAUUGCCCUGGGCAACUCACAGAGAUUUGGAGUGCCACUGGGCUAUGGUGGACCACAUGCCGCCUUUUUUGCUGUCAAAGAAAGCUUGGUGAGGAUGAUGCCUGGAAGGAUGGUGGGGGUAACAAGGGAUGCCGCUGGGAAAGAAGUGUAUCGUCUUGCUCUUCAAACCAGGGAGCAACACAUCCGGAGAGACAAAGCUACCAGCAACAUCUGCACAGCUCAGGCCCUCUUGGCAAAUAUGGCUGCCAUGUUUGCAAUCUACCAUGGUUCCCACGGGCUGAAGCAUAUUGCUCGGCGGGUACAUAAUGCCACUUUGAUUUUGUCUGAAGGUCUUAAGCGAGCAGGGCAUCAGCUCCAGCAUGACCUAUUCUUUGACACCUUGAAGGUUCAGUGUGGCUGCUCAGUGAAAGAGGUCUUGGGCAGGGCCACCCAGCGGCAAAUCAAUUUUCGGAUUUUUGAGGACGGCACACUUGGUAUUUCUCUUGAUGAAACAGUCAACGAAAAAGACCUAGAUGAUUUGUUAUGGAUCUUUGGCUGUGAGUCAUCUGCAGAACUGGUGGCUGAAAGCAUGGGAGAGGAAUGGAGAGGUAUUCCAGGGUCUGCAUUCAAGAGAACUAGCCCAUUCCUCACACAUCAGGUGUUCAACAGCUAUCACUCAGAAACAAAUAUCGUCCGGUAUAUGAAGAAACUAGAGAACAAAGACAUUUCCCUUGUUCACAGCAUGAUUCCACUGGGAUCCUGCACCAUGAAGCUCAAUAGCUCAUCUGAACUCACACCCAUCACAUGGAAAGAAUUUGCAAACAUCCACCCCUUUGUACCUCUGGACCAAGCUCAAGGAUACCAGCAGCUUUUCCGUGAACUUGAGAAAGAUUUGUGUGAACUCACAGGUUAUGACCAAGUCUCUUUCCAGCCUAACAGCGGAGCCCAGGGGGAAUAUGCUGGACUGGCCACUAUCCGAGCAUACUUAGACCGGAAAGGAGAGAGGCACAGAACGGUUUGCCUCAUUCCGAAAUCAGCACAUGGUACCAAUCCAGCAAGUGCCCACAUGGCAGGCAUGAAGAUUCAGCCUGUAGAGGUGGAUAAAUAUGGGAAUAUCGAUGCUUCUCACCUCAAGGACAUGGUGGAUAAACACAAGGAGAACCUGGCUGCCAUCAUGAUCACCUACCCAUCCACCAAUGGGGUGUUUGAAGAGAACAUCAGUGAUGUGUGUGCUCUGAUCCACCAACAUGGAGGGCAGGUCUAUCUUGACGGGGCAAAUAUGAAUGCUCAGGUGGGAAUCUGUCGUCCUGGAGACUUUGGGUCUGAUGUCUCGCACCUAAAUCUUCACAAGACCUUCUGCAUUCCCCAUGGAGGAGGUGGCCCUGGCAUGGGGCCCAUUGGAGUGAAGAAGCAUCUUGUCCCCUUUCUGCCCAAUCAUCCCAUCAUUUCAGUAAAGCCAAAUGAGGACGCCUGGCCUGUGGGGACCGUCAGCGCAGCUCCAUGGGGCUCCAGUUCCAUCUUGCCCAUUUCCUGGGCUUAUAUUAAGAUGAUGGGAGGCAAGGGCCUUAAACAGGCCACAGAAAUUGCUAUAUUAAAUGCCAACUACAUGGCAAAACGAUUAGAAAAACACUAUAGAGUCCUUUUCAGGGGUGCAAGAGGUUUUGUGGCUCAUGAGUUUAUUCUGGACACAAGACCCUUCAAAAAAUCUGCAAAUAUUGAUGCUGUGGAUGUGGCCAAGAGGCUCCAAGAUUAUGGAUUUCAUGCCCCUACCAUGUCCUGGCCUGUGGCAGGAACCCUCAUGGUUGAGCCCACUGAGUCAGAAGAUAAGGCAGAACUGGACAGAUUCUGUGAUGCCAUGAUCAACAUUCGGCAGGAAAUUGCUGACAUUGAAGAGGGCCGCAUUGACCCAAGGGUCAAUCCACUGAAGAUGUCUCCACACUCCUUGACCUGUGUCACAUCCUCCCACUGGGAUCGGCCAUAUUCCAGAGAGGUGGCAGCAUUCCCACUCCCCUUUGUGAAACCAGAGAACAAAUUCUGGCCAACCAUUGCCCGGAUUGAUGACAUAUAUGGAGAUCAGCACCUGGUCUGUACCUGCCCACCCAUGGAAGUUUAUGAGUCCCCAUUUUCUGAACAGAAGAGAGCUUCUUCUUAAUCUUCUCUCCUUAAAGUUCAAGUUUCAGGAAACUAUGCAAGGCCCUAAAAGAAAAUUCUCUACCCCAAAAGAAAAUUCUCCAAAAGAAGAAACUGUCCAUAACCAUGCAAUGAACAAAAGCUUCUCUGAAGAAAACUUCUUUGAAAGAAGAACUUACAAAUACAUGAGUUCACAGAUUCAAAAUUUUGAAAUUCAAUGUUAAGCACCAAGAAUUAUUAAAUGAAAUGAGAAAUAUUAGGGCUUUGAAAUAUGUUUAAAUGCUCAGAAAUAAUGGAAAUACUAAAAUUCACAAAUGAGAAAAUAUUAUAAGAACAGAAAAACUGGAAAACAAACAAUAACCCUGGAAGUAAAAGAACUUAUUUAGAUGGGUUAAACAGACUCAAAUGAGAAAAUUUAAUGAAAGAAUGAUGUGAAGGAAUCAGAACACAGCAUAGAAGGAAUAAUGAGGAGUAAUGUAACAGAUAUUAGGUUAUGGAGGUUAAACUGAAAAUUUCUAGCAGUUCAGGAAAGAAACUGGGAGAGAGGCAAUAUUUAAAAAAAAUAAAAACUGUCCAGAACAGAAGAUGUAUAGUUUCAAUUUGAAGAACAAUGAGUUCUAAAAGAAUACAAAUUAUUACAGACUUAUAUUAGUUUCAGUGAAACUCAGAAGCUAGUGAAAACAUAUCCUUCAAAGAAGUGACAAAUUGACAUCCAAUUUUUUCAAUAAUACCUGCCAGAAUACAAGAUGCUAACAACAGAAUUGUAAACCCAGUCAAAUUUUAAAAACCACUGUAAAAUCUAAAGGCAUUUUCAGACCUACAAAGAUUGAGAAAAUUUCCUGUUCGUAGACUAUUAUCAAAAGGUCUAAAGGUACAAAACAUCUUAAAGUACUCAAUAAGAAACAAUGAGUGAAGAAAUAGACAAAACUGGUCAGUAAAUUUGAUGCCAUCCCUCUUAUUUCUUGUGCUUAGUCUCAUUAAGGAAGUUGGUUCCUGUGCUGACAUGUUGGUGUACUGACUGGGUCUACAUUUUCUUCUACCUGUGGCAGUGUCUGGUCUAAUUCCUGAUCCACUUUUGAGUUGACUUUUAUGUGGGGUGAGAGGGAGGGGUUAAAUUUCAUUCUUCUAUAUAAGGAUUUCCAAUA